UAAUAGGGUGGUCUUCUCUUUCUCUGUUUCUCUCUCUCUCUCUCUCUGAGAAUGUUAAUUUAUAAAUUCUGAGAAAAUCAUUCGCUUCGCUCUGAUCUCUCUUCCUUCGACCGUUCUUAUUCCUCUUUCACUCACAUUUCUUUUUCUUUCCAAGAAACUAGGGUUUCUCUACGCAGAAACUCAUAUGACUGAGUCAUAGAGAAACACACACACAGAUAUAUAUUAUGUAUGUAUGUGUAUAUUUUGUGUAUAUACACAGAUAGAGAAACUGUAGGGAAAAGAAAGAACAGAAACUUCCGAGGGUUGCGUGCUUGUUGUUAAAGAUUGUAAAAUGGUGGUUUAGACGCAUUUAAUUAUUAUUUUCUUAUUUUUUGUGGGUUGGGGAUGGAGGUGUAGCUGUGACUUGGGGAAUUGAAUUUUAGGGGUUGAAAAGCUGGGUUUGGGCGUGUGGUUUCAAGGGAGUUGAUUGGGUUAAAGGGAAUGGCGGAUUUUGAACCGCUACAACAGAAGCCGGAAUCUACUGAUGCCUGCUCUGACUUUGAGCGUGGAUUUGAAGAAUUGAUGAUGCGUGGGCAUUUGGAUGAUUGUAUGUCAUUCGCGUCUUGUAGUUCAACGCGCAAUCCUGACGAUGAGGAUGACGAAGGUGAUCAGCUUGUGCGAAGGAGACGAAGGUCUGAUUUGGAGGGUGAUGAUUUGGCUGAGUCAUCAGCAGCACGGCGUCGCCACUCCCGGAUUUUGAGCCGGUGGGCUGCUAGGCAGGCACAAGAGAUGAUUACCACUAUUGAGAGGAGAAACCGUGAGACGGAAUUGAUGGCGCUGGCCGGCCUGCACACUGUUUCGAUGCUUGAUUCUUCUUUUUUGAGUGAAUCACAGUCACCGACUUCGGGGCAGCAGGGGGCUGUGGAGAGGCCGAGCACUCAGGCGUCCACAAUUUUGCAAAUGUGGAGGGAGUUGGAGGAUGAACAUGUGCUGAACCGGGCACGGGAAAGGCUGAGGCAGCAGAGGAGUGUCGAGUCUACCACCACCAAUGGCUCGAGCACAAACAUGUCAGAUACCAGGGAGAGUGUGAAUCGGGGGAGUUUAGAGGAUGCAAGCGAGAGUGAGAAUGACUAUGGCCCUUGGCCACACGAACAGAUGGGUUCACAGAAUCAACGUGGGGAUAACAAUGGGUCUAGUCGGGAGCAAUCUCCUGAUCUUGGUGAUGUCGAGAGGGAGAGAGUGAGGCAGAUUGUGCGAGGGUGGAUGGAAAGUGGCAUUAGUGAGCAUUCUGCAAGUGUUGGCCAAAGAAACAAUAGUCACAGAGCUGAGUGGCUUGGUGAAACUGAGCGUGAAAGGGUGAGAAUUGUUAGGGAGUGGGUGCAAAUGACAAGUCAGCAAAGAGGAGCACGUGGUAGCCGGAGAGAAAAUCAAGUCAGUGGGUCUGGUGCUCAAGUUGGUCAAGCCCGUGAUGGCUUGGUUUCUGAACAAGAUGAAGGCCAGCCAGAGCAUGUUCGGAGGGACAUGUUAAGGCUGCGAGGAAGACAAGCUCUGAUUGAUUUGCUUGUUAGGAUUGAGAGGGAAAGACAGAGAGAGCUUCAGGGUCUAUUGGAGCAUCGUGCUGUCUCUGAUUUUGCUCAUCGAAAUCGAAUUCAGUCAUUAUUAAGAGGUAGAUUUUUGAGAAAUGAAAGACCUGUUGAAGAAGAAAGACCGCCUUCAAUGGCAGCGAGUGAGUUAGUUCAGUUGAGACAGCGGCACACUGUUUCUGGUUUAAGGGAAGGGUUUCGCUCGAGAUUAGAGACUAUAGUUCGUGGACAAGCUGGCAACCAGUCUGAUUCCACAGCUAAUAAUGAUAUUGAUGAUUCUAGAAAUGACCUGACUCGAACAAAUGCUCCACGGGAUGUCCAACAUGAAAAUCUUGAACAGUUUCAGUCUACAAGUCAGGAAGGUGAUAUCAGCCGUUUGUCUGAUCAAAUGGGAAAUUCAGAGAGCAACACAGCUGUCGAGGGUAUUAAUUUACAGGAAACUGCGAAUCAAACAGCCAAUUGGCAAGUGCCAAUCCCAGAAGUUGGGAGAGCGAAUUGGCCACAAACAGCCUUUGGCCAGUUUAAUGAAUGGAGAGAUGGAAACACUGAAGAUAUGGAUGGAAAUUGGCGUGACAAUUCAGUCACUAAUUGGCCUGAGGAGACUCCGAGGAAUCCUGAUAGAGAAGAGAGCCUCGCACAGGAGCCCCAAGGGGUUUGGCAAAGGGAUGGCACCCGGGAUGGUGGUGGAAGCUGGCCAGAAGGGCCUUCUGGUCCUCUGAGAAAUCGUCGCUCUGUUCCAAUUAGAAGAUUAAACAGAUUUCAUCCGCCUGAUGAUGACAAUGUGUACAGUAUGGAGCUCAGGGAACUUUUGAGCAGGAGGAGUGUUUCUAAUCUUCUUCGUAGUGGUUUUCGGGAAAGUCUGGACCAACUGAUACAAUCAUAUGUGGAAAGGCAAAGUCGUGCACCCAUUGACUGGGAUUUGCAUAGAAAUUUGCCGCCAUCAACUCCUACUUCACCUGAACAGGAUCAGGAGCAACAAAGGGAUGAGCAAAAUGAAGAUCAACAUGGUGCCAUCAACAGACCUGCCCUUGUGCUACCUUCUCCGCCAGUACCCCCCCCACAGCCACUUUGGCAUCAGGACUUACAUCACACCGGUUGGAAUCGACAUAGCAUGCACCGCUCAGAAAUUGAAUGGGAGAUGAUUAAUGAUCUGAGAGCAGACAUGGCUAGACUUCAACAAGGUAUGAGCCACAUGCAGAGGAUGUUGGAGGCCUGCAUGGAUAUGCAGCUGGAGUUGCAGCGUUCUGUCAGACAGGAAGUCUCUGCAGCACUGAAUCGAUCAGCUGGUGAAAAAGGGUUGGGUCCUGAGACAUCAGAGGAUGGAAUUAGAUGGGGUCAUGUGAGGAAAGGAACUUGCUGUGUUUGUUGCGACAGCCAAAUUGAUUCUCUUUUGUAUAGAUGCGGGCACAUGUGCACUUGCUUAAAAUGUGCAAAUGAGUUGGUUCGUGGUGGAGGGAAGUGUCCAUUGUGUCGAGCGCCGAUCGUCGAGGUGAUCCGAGCUUAUUCCAUACUGUAAAAAGAACAGUCAAAUGAAAAGAAAAAAGGAAAACAGAAAGAAGAAUAUAAUAAGUGAAGAAAUAGGAUUGAGUGGUAACCGUUUAGAGAGAGAACCAGUGCUUGUUCCUUUCAUACAAGGGAAGCCUCUGUGUGAUUCUCACCUGUAGAGUGUUGAGUAGUUGCCUCUGUUUUUCUGAUUAUAUAUGAACACAUCGAUGCAUUGUAUAAUUGGAAUAACAAAUGGCAUUGUUGAUUCAUCAUUCUUGCGUAAAUAAAAUGUCUGAAAAAAAAAAUUCUUUUGUAACUUAUCUCCUCUGGUCUAAUUGUUUUUUAGUUUUUUUAUUGGGUGAUACUCUGCUACAAGUAAUUGAAAUUUUGCUCCACUAGGAAGUGUUACGAGAGAGCUCUAUGCAGAUGUGUCGGUGUAUGACAAACAAUAAUUAUCAUUGUGUAAAUUAUUGCUUCUCCCUAUUAGUUUCCUAUUACCUAAUUUGUU